UAUAGGUGUCCAUUAUUGGAAGAAGUGAAUGAAUUAUCUCUUUAAUUGCUGGGAGGUACAAGUCUUGGCGAUUUUAUAAAAUCAUGUUUGUAUUUACAAAUGCAAAGUAAGAAAUCUUGGGUCCUUGCCACCUUGAAAGAGAGGAGCAGCCACGGUAACUGUUGCUCUUUGAAUUAUUUGCCAUCUGAGCGCGUGGUAUGUUUGAACAUGUUUCCGAACUGCAGCGGACAAAUCACGAAGCUAGGAAACAAAUCCAUACACUACAGCAGGCCAAUCAUGGGUAAAAUUAUUUUUUAAGCAGAUUUUUAGCUAAAAAUUGAAUAGGGAACUUAUCCCACGAUUGUGACAAGACGAAGAAACAUCUGUCUUUCUUAGAAAUAUCUGUCAAAUAUCUAACACAAGUUAGGGAUACUAACUGAGUAGAAUUUUCGAGUUUUUUGGUUAAUGCAGGGGACCGGGCACUAGCACCUUGCGCCGAAUUACACGAAGUACUAGGUAUAUGAAUUGCUAGUUACACGAAGAGGUGAUCCAAUUGUUACAUCAAAGAUGGUGGACGAGGCAACAAAGAAAACAGUAGCAUCUAUUCCUACCUUGAAAACCAAAGCUGGUCCUCGUGAUGGCGAUCCAUGGGUUCAGAGGUUAAAAGAGGAAUAUAUGAGCUUAAUUAAGUAUGUAAGUAACAACAAAGAAGCAGACAAUGACUGGUUCAGGCUGGAAUCAAAUAAAGAGGGGACAAGAUGGUUUGGUAAAUGCUGGUAUGUCCACAACCUUUUGAAGUAUGAAUUUGACAUAGAAUUUGAUAUACCAAUCACUUAUCCUACAACUGCACCAGAGAUUGCUCUUCCUGAACUUGAUGGCAAAACUGCUAAAAUGUACAGGGGAGGAAAAAUUUGUAUGACAGAUCACUUUAAACCUCUCUGGGGAAGAAAUGUUCCUAAAUUUGGAAUAGCACAUGCCAUGGCUCUUGGGCUUGGACCAUGGCUUGCUGUAGAAAUCCCAGAUCUGAUAGAGAAAGGAUUGAUUGAAUACAAAGAAAAGUCUGCUAGUAAAUAGACAGAAAAUAAAAAUAAUGAGUCCCAAGUUAAAACGAAACGAAAUAAAAAAAAAGAGGUACGGCAUGAAUCUUCUUAGAAUAUAAACACUGUCUUAGGAUGUUCCCGUUGGUUGUCUUUGUGUUUUUGUUGAGCCGGCCCUUGAAACAGAGAAAUACAUUGCUGGUUACCCUAUGAACUUUUGCUUAUCAGUGCACUUGGCUUUCACGAGGUUUAGUAAGUGUUAAAAUAUUCCCUAAACCCUGUAUAAGUCCUCUUGUCCAUUGUGCUAUCUUUUAAGUGUCUUGAGUACUAAAUUUUCCCAUUUUGUUAACACGGAACCCUUAACCUGGGAAUUCAACUUGUUUUUAACAGCUAGGCAAUGGUCGUACUCUUUGACCUGAGCGUGCAUUGAAUGACUUCGUUAGAAUGAUCUGUCCGCUUCAUGUGGAAGUAAAUAAAUAUUACAUAAAAGUGCACUUUAACCCGUUUUAAGAGAGAUAAAAUUAUUUCAUGUUACACAGAAACUUCGGUUUAGAAAGGUAAAUUCAAUAGAAACAUGACACACGUAAGUUUGUUUCAAAAAAUGAAAUGUUAAUUGGUAAAUCUUUUCAUGUAGGGAUUACAGGGUCAGUGUCAAACGAAAUGUGCUCACGAAAACUCACUUGAAUACCUUUUCUAAAAGCUUUCAUAUUCUUUAAUCUAGGUAAUAGCCAAAAAAUACCUUCUGAUUAGCGAAAUGUUAAUUAUUCGGCAAGUUGCAACAUUAACUUUUCGCCUAGGGUCUAUAUAUACAUAUUGAUUUGUAAGAACAAAUUCUGUUCACUAGGAAGGUACGUGAUAUUUCUUUAACUCUCUUUAGAUCAAAGCACUGAGAGUUUGCGGCAUUUAAUGAAGUGCUUUUCUGUUUUAAAUAUUAAUAAAGAAAGGAUGAUGUU